UUUUACAGUACGGUUUGUACCUGUGGAGACGCCUGACCAGAAUUAUUAAAGGUCAACCCAGGAAAGGAUGUUACUGUGGUCACAAUGAAUGGGCGACAUGAUCUCAGCAUGCCUGAGUUGAAUUGUGAGGCAUGCAAAGCCACUUGGACUGCUGGAGUGGACGACCUCAUUCGCAGUGACUACUGGCCUGCUACACUUCACUCUGCUACAGUUUAUGCAACCGAGAUUUUGUUUUCAUUUGAAGAAAUGAAGAUGGUGGCACCAGGAUUGUCCUGCCAGGCAUUUUUGACAAUGUCCGCUUUGGCCGUACUGGGAAGAUCUCUGCAGACAGCUUCCAAAAAAGUUUUUUUGAGUGGGAAGCUGUGCAACAUCUGCAAAGAGGAGCCCUUCAUCUGUCCUGCGUGCACCCCAAAUAUGCUUGCAGUUUCCGUGGAUGGAAAUCGCAAGCAUUACCGGUUCAAGAAUGCAUCUAGAUCCGAGGAACAGGCCAUUUUUCAAGGCGUCUUCAUAGCCAAGGAUGAAGACGUUGCCACAUUUGUGGACCACAUACACAGGACAUCCAAACAUGUCUCUGGAAGAGGUGUUUGUGGAGGGGAGUGGUCAGCAGCUAGAGAGACCUCCCAAAGAUCCACCAGCAAGGUAGAUGAGGAGGGACUGGAGCUUGCGGUGUGUAGGCAUGGUGUUCUGCUGCGUGCUCUCAAUAUGUACAGGGGAGAAAUGUUUGCUUAUCCCCUGUAUUUGCAAGAAAAGCUUGCCAGCAGGCAAAUCACUUUCUUCUGUAUGGAUGUGACCUGCAAGUAUUGGCCCUACCUCCAAAAAGUUGCAAAAAGCUGUCCAGAGCUCCAGCCCCUCCUCAGCAUGAAGCCGUUCCUGUCUGUAUUUCAUGCCAAAGCUCAUGAUUUCAAAUGCGAGGUCAAAUGGAGUGGGGCAUAUCAGGAAGGGGCUGGCCUAACACUAGGCGAGGAGGUUGAGCAGUGCAAUGCCUUCCUCUCUAGGAUUGCAGUGACCACAAAGCACAUGUCAAAAGCUGGACACACAGACAUGCUGACUCUCUUGGCCAUGCGCUGGAAUCAGCAAAAGUUCGACAAUUUGGCCACCUCACUGUCUCACAGAUAUCACAAGACCAUAAAAUCUCUACAAAGCAAGCAACAGAAUCUUGAGUCCAUGAAAGCUCAGUUGGCAGUGACAGAGAGCCAUUUGGAAGACUGGGUCAGUGAUGUCAAAGAGUGGGCAGAAGACUCUGUCGAUCUAAGGACAAAGAGAAAGGCGUUUGACAUCAUCAUGGCAGUAAGGAGACUGGAGGAGGAGAAGAAUAUUCUUGUUCUGGAGAUGGACCACCACUGGAAAUGGCUUUCAACUCGUGCAAAGACCUCGCAAGAGUUGUCCAGUCUACUUUCUAGUGAGACAGUGAAAAAUUGGCCAUGUGGCUUUAGUGAAGAGGGGUUGAAAGGUCUGCAGAGCAUCAUCCUGAGAAAGCAGCAGAACAUCAGAGAGAAGAAGAUGCAAGCUAGAGACUGCUACCUGCGACUUUUGUCUGGAGAGACUGCAGAGAACAUGAGCUUCUUGCACAAGCUGGAUGAUUCUGACAGUGACUCGGACAGUUCUGAUGAUGCACUGUAAUUGUACCUGUUACCGCUGCUCCACUUUCUUGUGCCAGUGGAAUUACAAAUGCUACUGUAGGUUGGUCACGUGAUGCCCUCUGGCCCAAAAAUACUUCUUACCAUUGCAACAAAACAAAUGAGCCAUGGUAGCAUGGUUUCCAGAAGGAGUGUUUUAGAAAAAACGGACAAAAUCUCCUUCAUUUCUAGUAUUACUAUAAUUAGUAUUAUUAUUUUUAUAUAGACAGCAGAUAUGAGAGGACAGGGAAGA